AUGAACCGAAAAUUUAUAUUUGCAUUCCUCUUUUUGGUAGCUCUUUCCAUGAUCAAUGCAAUUCCACAUAAACUUUUUAAAAGAAUCAGUCCGUUUAUUUGUCCCCAAUCAGAAGGUUCAACGAAACCACCAAACUUUCAAGUAUCAUUUUCACCCAAUCCUCCCUCCACUGGAGAAAAGGUUAACGUUACUAUAUCCGGAAAAUUUUCGGAAGAUGUCACCGAAAAAACCACAAUUUCAAUUGGAUUAUUGGAUCGACAGGGUGAACAAUUAAAAGAAGACGCUUUUGAGUUUCCUGCAUGUGGAACUGGAUGUACUAAAGCUGGUGACCCGUAUUCCCGAACGGUGGAAGUUCAAAUACCAAAGGGUGAUCAUUACAUUGUGUUUAUUGGUGUUUCAAAUACAAAUACUGAUGUUCUAGGCUGUGAAAUGACCGCCAUUUUAUAG